AUGAUGAUCCUUAAUCCUGCGUUAAAAGAACCCCAUUUUGUGUGUUGCUUUAUUGGUGGGCUUAAACCGGACAUAUUACCACUCGUACAGUUUGCUCGGCCCAAAACUUUAUUGGCAGGUUACAAGUGUGCUAAGUUUCAUGAGAGAUCCUUCAAUGCAUUUUAUAAGCAAAUGGAUAAACAAUGGUUGGCUAAAUCCUAUCACAAAAACUCGCAGUCCAGCUAUAAGCCCAUAUUACCCAAGCCCACUCUACCCAAGAACCCACCUGCUGUGAACACCCGUAAUCCAAAUUCAAAGAAUAUGACUCUAGAAAUGUCGAGGGAGAGGAAUCUAUGCUAUAAAUGCCAUGACACCUAUUUCCCUGAACAUGUUUGUAAAAAUGAAACUCUUAAUGCUAUGGAAGCUGAGGAGUUUGUUGAUGCAGUAGAUGGAUUGGAGGAACAAGAGGGAGGGGUUGUGGCGGAACUGGGCCAGGAACAAGCUGAAGUAACCUUAAAUGCUAUAAUGGGUCGGAGCGAGGUCCCUUCAACAAUUAGAAUUACUGGAUGGGUCAAGGGCCAAAAGGUUGUGGUAUUGUUGGAUAGUGGGUCAACCCAUAGUUUCGUAGAUCCCAUGAUAGUGAAGUCCAGUUCAGGUGGGGUAGAAGAAUUGGGCAGACCCAUGGAGGUUAAAGUGGCCAAUGGCCAAUACCUCAAAUGCAAGCAUGUGUGCAGGAAAUUCGAAUGGAAAAUGCAAGACAAGAAAUUCAUCUUUGACAUUAGAUUGCUGAAAGUAGGGGGUUGUGACAUUGCUCUGGGAAUGGAUUGGGUUGACACUAUUUCACCAAUAGUGUUGCACACAAAGCCAUUGAGUGUCUCGUUCAUUUACGAGUCAGAAAUAAUUACAUUAAAGGGUUGUCCAGAUGAUGGGAAAGUUUCUAAGGUGGAUACUAAAGUCAUUUCCAAAUUACUCAGCAAAGCACAAUGUGAUUCCCCAAGCAGUGAGCAAGUUGUUGGGCCAGUUCGAGGGCUUGUUCCAAGAGCCCAAAAGUUGCGUCCUAGUCGUGAUUGUGACCAUGCCAUAGAGCUGAAAGAUUCUAGUUGGCGUAUGUGCGUGGAUUAUCGCAAGUUGAAUGAGGCCGCUGUUAAGAAUAAAUAUCGCAUACCAGUUGUUGAAGACUUAUUUGAUGAGCUACAUGGAUCAAGAAUUUACAAUAAUGGGUCAAUGGCAGAACACCUGAAGCAUUUACAAAUGGUGUUUGAGUUGUUGAAAGCAAACCAACUGUUGAUCAAGAAGUCAAAAUGCAGUUUCGGCCAAGACAAAGUUGAAUAUUUGGGCCAUGUCAUUUCGAAACAUGGGGUGAGUACUGAUGAGUCUAAAAUCAAAGCUAUGCUAGAUUGGACCCAGCCCAAAUCAGUCAAGGAAUUGAGGGGAUUCUUGGGCCUCACGGGCUACUAUAGAAGGUUUAUCAGAAAUUUUGCUACAAUUAGUAAGCCCUUGACUAGCCUAUUAAAAAAAGGAAAUUUCAGCUGGUCCAUGGAAGCAACCCAAGCUUUUGAAGAGCUGAAGCAAGCCAUGGUCCAAGGCCCAGUAUUAGCCCUGCCAAAUUUCGCAAUACCUUUCAUUGUGGAAGUAGAUGCUAGUGGAAAGGGAAUAGGGGCAGCUUUAAUGUAA